AUGUGCCGCAGUAACAAAACCAAAGUCUGCAGCAUCUCCGCCGUGGUGCAAGGUCUGCCCACGGUUUUUCCUGGCUCACCAGGAGCUUCAGGCUCCAGAGCCCAGCCACUGUCCACGCCUCCUUCCCCCGCCCCCCUCACACUUAUAGAGGAGACCCCAGAGGAGGAUGGUCUGCCCCACAUGGACGAGGCCCUGUCAGAGUCUAGGAGCACCACCACAGAGAGACCAGACACAGAAGAGACCAGACCACAGAAGAGGCCGACCACAGAGAGCACCACCAUAGAAGAGGACCAGACCACAGAGGAGGACCAGACCAAUACUUUCGUCCAGUCAAUAAUUUGGGACCAGACGACAGACACCGAGGAUGAGGAUGAGGAGGAUGAGGAGCCCAACCCUCUCCCUGCGCACCUCUCCAUGGGGGAGCCAAUGACCUCGGUACAGGUCCUCUCUGAGACCGACCUUGAGCUUGUGGGUGAUGCCGGAAGGUCCAGAAAAAGAAGGCUGAACUUGGAAAACUGUGGACUCCCAAACGGUGCUUACUGGUGUUACCAGAACGCCGUUGUACAGCUGCUGAGGACAGCAGAACCUGUCAUGUCCACGCUCAGCGCUCAGGCGACUGUUUGGGCUCACUGCGAGGAAGCAGAGCUGCUGAGGAACAUCCAUGACCUGGCAGAAGCCCCCUACACAGAGGCCUCUGUGUGCAUGACGACGCUGGUGCAGAGCUUCAGGCAGACUGUGGCGGUCUCUGCUCCCAUGUUUGGAGGCUCAGAGCAGCAGGAUGUCCAUGAGUUCCUUAUGUCGCUGAUGGAGCUUCAGUCUCAUGGUGUAAACAUCUGCGGUCAGGGGUCCUCGAGGCAGGAGACCUUUACCAUCCUCUCCCUGGACCUGCUUCCUGAUAGUGUCCUAAUCCUCCACCUCAAGAGGUUUGCAUAUGACCACAACUGGAAUAUGCAAAAACUCAAAUACAAGGUCAAACUGGACAAGAGGAUUGUCGUCAAAUCCAAACAGGACACAGCACAGUUCAAUCUGGUGAACGUAAUUUCUCAUUUGGGACCGUCCACUAAUUCAGGUACGAUAAUAGGAUUCUCAGAGAUUCUACAGAAAGUUCAGGUUUGUCUUGUUGAGGGCGGGGCCAAAGAGCCAUGGUUGACCUACAAUGAUAGGACGGUGUCCCAGACCGACAGGAAGACGGUGUGUGGCCUCAGGGAGAGGGAAGCCUACAUCCUCACCUACCUCCGAGAGGGUCUGUAUGGGGGGGGCAACUUGAGGGUAGGUGUGGCCUCAGGGAGAGGCCUACAUCCUCACUACCGCCGAGAGGGUCUGUAA